AUCCAUUUGUUGCCAUGGUUACCUGUGAGGUCACUAUUUUGACGUUUUUGUUUAGAUGACUCAGAACAUGUUUCAGGAAGGACUCUAUCAGGUGUUCUUCAAGGAACGCCCCCAGACCCGCCCACUCACAGUCUCCACAUCUGCAGAGCUCAAGGAAGCCAGACUGGUCCGCUGGUUUGGGACUGUGGUCAACACACGUCUCCUCCUGGCUGGGGUUGUUCAGAUUUUUAGUGCAGUCUUCAGUGUUCUCUCCACCAUUUCUUACACGUGUUUGAGUUUCAGAUGCUCUGUGUCUAUGACUGCACCCGUCUGGUGUGCCCUGCUUUAUCUUGCCACUGGUUCACUUGCAAUCGACGUACAGAGGAAACCAAAAAAGAUCAAAGUCAUGUCUCUGAUGGGUCUGAACAUUCUCAGUCUGCUGUUUGGAAUCUCUUCUUUCAUCACCUACACAUUGAAGUCCACAGCACUUGGAGACGUCACUACUCAGCAGCGUAUAGGUGUGUAUGUGGUCAAGGGCAGCUGUAUUCUGUUCAUCCUCCAAUGUAUAUUGACAGCCAUAUAUACAAUCUUUCUUAUUUGGAGAGGUCUGAAGUGUUCCAGCGCCCCCUACAGACAAGACUACAGCAGAGUAAUGCAGGUACAUACAACAAUAACAUAUUUUCACAUACAUCAUCACACUGCAAAAUCUGUACUAUUACAAAUACAAAAGAAUAUCUGAUUUCUGUGUUAUAGAAUACAGAUGAAUUUACAGAUCCACUGCUGGAAAGUGAACACUGACACUUCUUGUGCGUGCAUUUGUUUGCGUGUGUGCAUGUUUGUGUGUGUGUGUUUAUGGCAUUCUAUAAUUGUUAUUUAAAUAUGUGAUGUAAGUGAUAUUGUAUUCUGUAAAUUUGCCAGUUGUAUAAGAAAUAUGUGAUAUUGCAAAUUCCUGAAUAGCUUGUACCCUACAACUGCAGCAGCAUAUGCUAGUAUGAUAUAGCCGGUAUCUGUACAUUCAUAGGGAUAAAGUUUAUAACAAUCAAAUUCACCCUCUAACAUGAUUAUUUUUAUAUUUAUGUACAAAACAGUGGUUUUGGAAUAAACAUUUGAUCUUUUUCCUUGUUUUACCCUGUAGAAUAACAUGUUUGGGUAGCACUUUACAUUAAGGUUCCCUUUAUGAAGCAUUUGUAAAUGUGUUACAAAUGCAUUAUAAAGCAGUUAUAACUGCAUGAAUAAAAAGGAUUCUAACGAAAUACCUUCCAAAUAGUGAGCCAGUUUUAACUCACGUGUCAUAAAUGCUUAAUAAAUGUGAAUACUUCACAGGCAUCCAGUUUUCUUUAA